AUGUGCAUCUUGGCCAGGGAAGUGAUAGAGGCAAGUGAAGUCAAUUUGCCCCGAAGAGCUCCUCCCGUUGUUCAGGCCAGGACACCUCCCCCACUACCUCCCCCAGUGGUGGUUGUAGUAGAUUCUCCACCACCAUCAAAAGACAGCUGUGUAGACUUCUGUUUCAAGUGUGAAAGCGGCUACAGCUGGUACGACUUGCAAGGGAAAGGUCUCUUUAUUGUCCUGUUGCUGCUUGUGGGUUAUUUGAUCUUUGGAACUAUCGGUUUGGCCUGUUUAGUGCUGUAUUGUCUUUGCGCUUGCCUCAACUCGGCUCUCUCAGAUGGAGAUGACUGAGAAAUGGAUCACAUCAAUGGUUUAUCUACGGAGAUGAAUUUAUAUUGAAUCAAUAUUCCAUUACCUAUAGCGUUUUCACUCAA